CUCCUCGUCCGCUUCUUCGCCUGCCCCAGCAAACCUGAGUUCUCCCGCAACAUCAUGAACAUCAUCGACAUUGUGGCCAUCAUCCCCUACUUCAUCACCCUGGGCACUGAGCUGGCCCAUGAGCAGCAGCAGCCUGGGGCUGGCAGUAGUAAUGGGGGUGGGGGCCAGCAGCAAGCCAUGUCCCUGGCCAUCCUCAGAGUUAUUCGCCUGGUCAGAGUCUUCAGGAUCUUCAAGCUCUCCAGACACUCCAAGGGUCUGCAGAUCUUGGGACAGACUUUGAAAGCCAGCAUGAGGGAGCUGGGCCUCCUCAUCUUCUUCCUC